AUGGAGGCAGGUGACUUUGUACCUUCUAUUCCCAUUAACCCAAAUAAUUUCCCGGCCAAGCUUUGGCGUCUAGUGAAUAGUCCUCUGUACAAGUCCAUUUGCUGGGAUUCACGUGGAGAAGGGGUCCUCAUAGAUCAGCAGCUCUUUGAAGCUGAGCUGCUUUCAGCAUCAAAAUCAAUGAACGAGUCCAAUGAGCUCUUUAAAACAUCCAAUUUCACCAGUUUUAUACGUCAGCUCAAUCUGUAUGGCUUCAGAAAAGUGAUGUUGGGUGGUGGUAGCAACACUGGCUCGUUUCAUCCCGGCGGAGACUUGGGUGCUGGUGAUGGGCAACUUCAUUACUUUCACAACAUCUACUUUCGCAAAGACAAUCCAGACUUGUUGGUCAAUCUAAAAAGACUGACCAGCACUAACAAGGCUAAGCUAGCAGCUGGUCUCACAGUUAAUUCAAGGCCUCCAAACCGCUUUCAAAGACUGCUCACCAGCUCUCUGGAGCAAAGUAAGGUUGAAGAGCAGGGCCCAGUGAUGCUUGGUCAGAUUCGCCAUCCUAUUCAACAAGAAAACAUAUCUCCAUUUUCUGCAUCUCAUAGCCAUAUUGGUUUUCCAUUUAAAGGCUUGGAUCGUACCCCAAUUCCUCCACGGACAUGGUCAAAUCCCUUUGGUCUGCUGCAAGGACAGGAACCCCCGCCACACUUUCCUGAAAAACGCAUCCUCUUUCCUAUCCUGCAAAGAUUCCCAACUGAAGUGCCCUGUGCAAUCCCACCUACUGCUACUGCAAUGCAUGGCCAGCAGGGUCCCAACAACAUUUCAGGGGGAAUGCAGAAAUAUGGAAGCUAUGCCUCAUCCACUGUGCAGUAUCCCCCAGCAUACUACCCAACAGCUAUUCUCCAGUGCUACCCAUCUCCAGCUCACAUGGAAUAUCUGGCUAGUUGUGCCACCCCUGCUGUGCCAUCAUACCAGCAUUGUGGCUACUUUCAGUCCCCUUCUAUGCAAUCUUCAUACCCAAUGGACUUUUUACCUUCGAUUUGGCCAACUUUUGAUAGUGACGAGUCCAAGAGAGAUGACGUGAAUUUAGAGGAUGUUUUCCAGAUUGUUGAUGAGCUAAAUUCUUCUUCCAAAGUAGAAAUAGUAAAUGUAGACACUCUAGAAAGUGAAGCUGGGACAUUGUCGCCAUCAAAUAAAAAUCAAGUACCAGUGACCCUUGACACAAAAGGUAUGGGAGACUGUUGCAGUCAAGUUAAUCAGCUGGAGCCCCUUACACCUGUACAUACUGAUAUUGCAGCCUAUGUGACAGAAGCUGAUCCCUCGAUUGCCGUUCCUGUACCACAGGCUUCUGAUUAUGUUUAUCCCAUCCAGAAAGAAAUAUGUAAUAGAAUGUCUUCAAAGACUAAUACAGAGGAAUCAGAAAUAUCUAUAAAAUCGGAAAAAGAUGAUAAUCAAUCAGAGCAUACAUUAACAUUAAUAAAGCAAGAAUAUUCUUCAUGCCCUCUUAAGAGAGAGAUGAAUCCCAAUAAUUUACUUAUGGGGCAAAUACAAUACCAGGUUGCUGAAAAAGAAACUUCAACACAUGACAGGUCGGAAUUUUGA